GAUAAAAAGAUAUACGUAUACACAGUGUACAUCAAUUAAAUACUACAAUAUACACAUAAAAUUAUAAUUCACGAAUUAUAACGCUAUAUUUAAAAUAUGGCACAGAGUAGAACAGAAAGAAUCGGAACAAUAUUUACAAGAGUAACGUCACUGUUACGUGCAGAUGUAUUACAUCCUGAUAAUUUACCAAUAUGGUAUGAGAUAUACAAAGCCUAUCCUCCAAAAUAUGAACCAACUUUUAGUAGAAAACCAUCAACAGUAAAUAUACAAAAAAUAUUUUAUGAGGAAGAUCUUAUAAGAGCAAAAUUUCACAAAGAUGUAUCACUAUCUAUUAUAGAUAUGAAAAAUGAUAACAUUACCCAAAAUCAAAUCUUUUUCACUCUUUAUGAGUGCUUAAUACAGAAAGGUGCUAAAAAAGAAGAGGCGUAUAAGGAUGCAUUGAAGUAUUAUUAUACAAUUUGUAAGAUUAAAAAAUCACCAAAUAUGACUGCAUCAUCAAACAUAUCACCACACAAAAAUAUUAAACAUAAUGAAGAACAACAAACAUAAGAAUUUGUAUAUAUUGUAUUUAUAAUGAUAUACUGAAUAGAGGAAAAUAUAAUAUUAAACUAAAUUCAA